AUGGGCAUCGUCAAAGGCGGCGCAUUGCGCCUCUUCCAGACCUUCCUCUACGCCCUCAUCUUCUGCUGCGCGGCCAUCAUCCUCGGAAUCUACUCCUACUUCCUCUCCGUCCUCGCCGACCGCAACCUCAUCAUCGCAACAAAAUGGAAGGCCGUCGAGGGACUCUCCGGUGCUGCCGUGCUGUACCUCAUUUGCGCGACCAUCCUGACGUGCUGCCUCGGCGGAAUCUCCGUCUUUGCCUUCCUGGCCAUUGUGAGUUGUCUAUAUCGAUUCCGCACUAUCAAGCACUCGCUGAUUCUCGUAGGUCCUCGACAUCGCCUUUGUUGGCGCCAUGAUCGCGAUUGCAAUCCUUACCAGAGACGGCGCAAGCUCUUGCAGCGGCAACGUUCAGACUCCUCUCGGCAACGGUCCAGGUGGUAAUCGCGGCAGCUUCGGUGGCCAAGUCACCUACGCCGUCAGCCUUCGCACUGCUUGCAAGCUGAACACCGCUGCCUUCGCCGUCUCCAUUGUUGCGGCCUUCCUCUUCCUCAUCACAGCCGCCAUGCAGGUCGCCCUUGUCCGUCACCACAAGAAAGAGAAGCGCUACGGACCGAGCCCAUCCAACAACUACACCUCCGGAUACGGCAAAGGCAAGUGGUGGCAGCGCAAGGGCCGCAAGUCCAAGGGUGGUGACGCGACCAGGGACACCGAGCUUGGCGCUACUGGUGGUCUUGCCGCUCCGGGCCUGGACAUGCGUCCUAGCCAUGAGACUGGUUUCACGGGCAGCACUGUCGGCAACACCGCCAGCGUGCCAUACGACAAGACCGAUACCACCGCACACGGUGCUCACAGCGGCUACUACACCCAGCCCCAAGGUACAGGAGUCAACCCAUACGGUUACUCCCAAGGCACCGCCACCAACUAUUAG